UUGAAGAUAUGGAUGGUGGUGCUGGUAUAAGUUUGUAUCCGUCGCAUCGCUGCAAGACUCUUUAUCUGGAUGUUCAAGAUUGCCUUCUUUCUUGGCUUUUGCUCGCAAACCAAGGCAUUGUGGUCUUAUGAAACGAUACAUCCAGGUGAGGCAUGCACAAGGAAUUCACAAUGUUGACGGAGAUAAGAACUUCAAAGCAUAUAUGUCUCCUGAAUAUUUUGAUGCACAUCUAACCCAACUUGGCUGGCAGCAGGUUGACAAUCUGCGUAAGCAUGUCCAUGAAACUGGGCUCUCAAAGCGGAUUGAUUUAGUAAUUGUUUCUCCUUUGCUUAGGACACUGCAAACAGCUGUUGGAGUUUUUGGUGGUGAGGGCUAUGAGGAUCGGAUGGAUGUAGUACCACUAAUGGUGGCAAAUGCUGGAAACAGUGGCCGUGCUGCAAUUUCAAGUCUAAACUGCCCACCAGUCAUUGCGGUAGAACUUUGUCGAGAACAUUUGGGAGUUCAUCCUUGUGAUAAGAGGAGAAACAUCAGUGACUAUCAGUUCCUCUUUCCUGCCGUUGAUUUUUCCCUGAUAGAAAGUGAUGAAGAUGUAUGGUGGAAGGCCAAUGUUAGAGAGACAAAGGAAGAAGUUGCUGCCAGGGGAUUGAAAUUCAUGAACUGGUUGUGGACACGUAAAGAGAAAGAGAUAGCAAUUGUCACCCAUAGUGGAUUCUUGUUUCACACAUUAACUGCAUUUGGAAAUGACUGUCACCCUUCUGUGAAGGCAGAAAUAUGCAAACAUUUUGCUAAUUGUGAGCUUCGCUCCAUGGUCAUCGUUGACAGAAGUAUGACUGGGUCGGACCCCUCAACGGUAAAUUAUCCAGGAAAGUUUCCUUCUGGGUUGGAUCUUCCCAGUGAUGUCGCGGAUAAGAAGCUUGAGAAAGAAGAAACCAGUUCAAAUUCAGUAGAGUAGUCACUAGUGAAGGAAAUGGGUAUUCUUAAUAUACUAAUCGCAUUGUUGGAAACUCUGGCUUCUU